AUGACAACUAAAGGCGAGACUAGUGACCAUGGUAACUGGACUAUACUUAUGAGCGUGAACAAUGGAUAUUUUGAUUUCUUUCAAAACUGGAUGCAUUUCUACAAGAAACUGGAUUUAAAGCGUUCGCUUCGGGUAAUUGCCGAAGAUGACGAGGUAUUUCUCAAACUUCAACAAUUAAAUACCAGCUCAUUUUUUAAUGUUGAGAGAAGCUGGAGGAAUCCACCACGUUCAGUUGUUGUGUACGGAAGUAAAGGUUUCAGCGAACUCGCGUCAGGCCGACCAUCAUAUAUUCUGAAAUACCUGCAGAAAGGGGAGAAUUUGUUGUACGCUGAUGCUGAUUCUGUUUGGUUACGAGACCCAUUUCCAUUCUUCACCGGAGAUUUUGACAUGUGGAUGCAAGUUGACAAAACCCCGAGUAACAUGUGUACCGGACUGAUAGCUGUUAAAAGCAACAAUAAAACUAUGCAACUUAUGAAAACCUGGGAAACAUCGCUUCAGAAACAUCUUGAGAUUGACCAGACAGCAUUUAAUAAAAUUUACAAAACGUCAACUGUACACUUAAAACAAUUGGAUACGAAAAGGUUCCCUUCUGGGCAACUUUAUUUUGAACGGUUCAACAAGAGUCUACAAGAGGAAGUUGUUAUUGUGCAUAACAAUUUCAUAAUAGGCCACGAGCCGAAAUUAAAACGUUUUGUGAAGCACAAAUUAUGGUUUACUUAA